AUAGCAGCGUUGUGGAGAAGCCCGCCGCCGCACGCGUACCCGGGCCCAGUCUGCUCCUUCCACAGGCGUUUUGACUCGGGUGCUGCAGCAGCACGUCGGCUCCAGCCCUGCUCCUGCCGGGUCCCAGAUAGAUGAGCAGCGACAGGUAAAAGGCUCCGUGUGGUGCAGGCUGGCAGCGGUUGGAGUCACGUAAUUAGAAGACGCCGACUGGGCGCUGCGCAGCGACCUGCUGUUGCUGUGGAAGAAUGGCUGCGAAGAGAAAGGAGGCGGUCCUUCAGAUGAACAUCAAUAGCCAGGAGCAUUGGGAGGAAAUGCUGUGUCUUGAAGGCCUCAUUGUUGUUGAUGCAUAUCAAGCCUGGUGUGGCCCAUGCAAAAUGGUAGUGGAUCUUUUCCGAAAAAUAAGGAAUGAAGUCAGCAGUGACCUUCUGCAUUUUGCUGCGGCUGAAGUUGAUUCCAUUGAUGCUCUGGAAGAAUACAGAGGAAAAUGUGAGCCCAUCUUUCUCUUCUAUACAAGAGGAGAACUGGCAGCUGUUGUAAGAGGAGCAAAUGCCCCGUUGCUGCAGAAGACCAUUCUGAAUCAGCUGGCAGUGGCAAGGAAGGUUUUGGAGCAUGGAGGAGAGCGUUUGGCGGCAAUCAGGCUCUGAAUCCUUCUUGUUAGAGCUAAGGCUCAGCUCUCCAGUGCCAGCAGGGCUCUGAAGCUGGGCUGCUUCCUGCCAAAGCUGUGUCAGUUUUUCUGGGCUGAGCCUGAAGACCGAGAUGCCCCCUGUGUCACAGGGCUGUGCAGCCCUCCUGGAUGUAAGGAAGAAGCUGAAAGGGGUGGUUGUGACAUUAAAACCUCUGUCCUCGGGAGGAGGAAAAGCAGUACAUCACCCAGCUCUGCAGGAUGCAGGGGGAACUCUGCUGUGUCUUCUCCUGCUGUGCUCACCCACCGCUAGCGUUAGUUACUCCUUUGGGACACCUUAGCUUUUAAUUCCAUAAUCUAGAAGCUCUCUGAUGGCAUUUCUCAGGCUGCAGGGGAGGGCACUGCGUUGCACUGUGCCAUGCUCAUUCCUCGCUGCGCUGAGCUGCAGCCCGUGCUGGGAUAUCACCGUGCAAUCGCUGUGCCUGGCAGCAGCUGUCCUACAGCGGCUGUGCUGGGAACGGUGCCGCUGAGGAAACGCAACCUUUGAUGUGAGCUCGCUGUGCAGCAGUACCGCUGCAUCCCCUGCUUCUCAAGCACCGCAGUGACACCCACUGGUAACUCUCCAUGUCCCCGAUGAUUUCUUUUUCUCCCCCCGCAGGCUCACGUUCUCGCCGCACCCGAGUCCGGUUUCGCAAGCGCCGUCCCGGGGCAGCUGCACGCUUCCCAAUAAACCGCUCCGUGCCAUCGCCUCCGCCCCUCAGUUACCGCCGCGCAGCGGCCCCUUUAACGGCGGCGCGGGGAGGGCGGCGGUGCCGUGCUGCGCAUGCGCGGAGUGGGGGCGGCUCCGGUCGCGGGUUCGAGUCCCGGCGCCGCCGGCCUGCUCACCCCGCCGCGAGCCGCAGCCCGGCCAUGGACGCGGCGCCGGAGGAUGGCCCUGCGGGAGCUGAGGCUGAGCCGGACGGGUUGCCCUGCCCGGAGCCGCCCGCGCCCCGCUUGAGCGUGGCGGAGCUGGACCGCGAGCUGGACUCCCGCAGCGAGCUGAUCGAUGACAAAGAGUUCGACAUCCCUCAAGUCGAUACCCCGCCAACGCUGGAGAGCAUCCUGAACGAGACUGAUGAUGAAGAAGAGUCUUUCGUUUUGGAAGAUCCCUUUCUCUUGAACAUCGAUAACACGGAUACGCACUCCUAUGACACAUCUUCUGUAGCAAGCUCUGACAGUGGGGACAGGACGCACCUGAAAAGGAAGAAAAAACUCCCGGAUUCUCUCUCUCUGCACGGAUCGGUUAUAAGACUCUCGCUGCUGAAAGGGAUUUCUGCCCAAAUUGUAUCUGCAGCUGACAAAGUGGAUGCUGGUUUGCCUACUGCAAUUGCAGCAUCAAAUCUGAUAGCAGUGGGGACUUCUCAUGGGCUAGCGCUGAUUUUUGGAAAAGAUCAAAACCAGGCUCUACGACUGUGUCUGGGCAGCACUGCUGUUGGGGCCCAGUAUGGGGCUAUCUCUGCUCUCAGCAUCAACAACGACUGCUCCAGGCUCCUGUGUGGCUUUGCGAAAGGACAGAUUACAAUGUGGGAUCUGGCCAGUGGGAAGCUGCUACGAUCAAUAACAGAUGCUCACCCCCCAGGAACAGCCAUUUUGCACAUUAAGUUUACAGAUGACCCGACACUUGCAAUUUGCAACGACAGCGGUGGCUCCGUAUUUGAACUCUCAUUUAAGAGGGUUAUGGGAGUGAGAACGUGUGAAUCUCGAUGUCUCUUCAGUGGCUCCAAGGGGGAGGUUUGUUGUAUUGAACCACUACAUGCAAAGGUUGAACUGAGAGACCAUCCUAUCACCCAGUAUUCGCUGCUGGCCAUGGCCUCGCUAACAAAGAUACUGGUUAUUGGCCUGAAGCCAUCUUUGAAAGUGUGGAUGACCUUUCCCUACGGUCGUAUGGACCCUUCGAGCGUCCCCCUUCUGGCGUGGCACUUUGUGGCUGUCCAGAACUCAGUGAACCCCAUGCUUGCGUUUUGUAGAGGUGAUGUCGUUCAUUUUCUUCUGGUAAAGAGGGAUGAUACUGGUGCAAUACAUGUCACUAAGCAAAAGCAGCUCCAUCUUCACUAUGACCUCAUCAACUUUACUUGGAUAAACUCACGAACAGCAGUGCUUCUGGACAGUGUGGAGAAGCUGCAUGUCAUAGAUCGUCAGACACAGGAGGAGUUGGAGACCAUAGAGAUUCCAGAAGUUCAGCUGGUCUACAACAGCAGCCACUUCAAGUCCCUGGCUACGGGAGGCAAUGUCAGCGAGGCACUGGCAUUGGUUGGAGAGAAAGCUUGUUAUCAGUCCAUCAGCAGCUGUGGUGGCCAGAUCUUUUACCUGGGGACUAAGUCAGUUCAUGUCAUGACAUUGAGGAGCUGGAGAGAGAGAAUUGAUCACCUUCUGAAACAAGAGCGUCUCACUGAUGCCCUGGCUCUUGCUUGGUCCUUUUAUGAAGGGAAAGCUAAGGCUGUAGUAGGCUUGUCUGGGGACACGAGCAAGCGGAAAGCAGUCAUUGCAGACAGAAUGGUUGAGAUUCUUCUCCAUUAUGCUGAUCGGACUUUAAAGAAAUGCCCUGACCAAGGAAAAAUCCAGGUUAUGGAGCAACACUUUCAGGAUGUAGUGCCUGUCAUAGUCGAUUACUGCCUCUUGCUUCAGCGCACGGAUCUAUUGUUUAACCAGAUCUAUGAUAAGAUGAGUGAGAAUUCUGUAGCCAAAGGAAUCUUCCUGGAGUGCUUGGAGCCCUAUAUCUUAAGUGAUAAGCUGAUGGGAAUCACAGCUCAAGUGAUGAAGGACUUGCUUCUCCACUUCCAAGACAAGAACAGGUUGGAAAAUAUGGAAGCCUGCAUUGUGCAUAUGGAUAUCACCAGCCUGGACAUACAGCAGGUGGUCCUUCUGUGCUGGGAAAACCAUCUCUACGAUGCCAUGAUCUACGUCUACAACAGCGGAAUGAAUGACUUCAUCAGUCCCAUGGAGAAGCUGUUGAAAGUUAUUGCUCCGCCACUGGAUGCUGGGAAGUCUCUCACAGAUGAGCAGGUGGUAAUGGGCAACAAGCUGCUCGUGUAUAUAAGCUGCUGCUUGGCAGGCCGUGCAUAUCCAUUGGGUGAUAUUCCUGAAGAUCUGGUACCUCUGGUUAAAAAUCAGAUCUUUGAGUUUCUCAUCCGGUUGCAUUCAACGGAGGGAUCUGUGGAUGAGGAGGUCUACCCUCACAUUCGUACCUUGCUGCACUUUGACACUCGGGAAUUCCUUAAUGUCCUUGCUUUGACUUUUGAAGACUUCAAGAAUGACAAGCAAGCUGUGGAAUAUCAACAGCGCAUUGUGGACAUACUUCUGAAAGUCAUGGUAGAGAAUUCUGACUUCACCCCAUCGCAAGUUGGCUGUCUCUUUACAUUCCUUGCCCGUCAGCUGGCCAAGCCAAACAACACACUGUUUGUGAACAGAACGCUUUUUGAUCAGGUCCUUGAAUUUCUAUGCAGUCCGGAUGAUGACUCCCGGCAUUCAGAGAGGCAACAGGUCCUGUUAGAACUGCUGCAGGCAGGAGGGAUAGUGCAGUUUGAAGAGAGCCGUCUGAUCCAAAUGGCAGAAAAAGCUGAAUUCUAUCAGAUCUGUGAGUUCAUGUACGAACGAGAGCUUCGCUAUGACAAAAUCAUUGACUGUUACCUGCGUGAUCCAGUGAGAAAGGAAGAAGUUUUCAACUAUAUUCACAACAUCCUGUCCAUGCCUGGCUACAGUGCUGAAGAAAAGCAGUCGGUGUGGCAGAAAGCUUUGGAACAUAUAGAGGAGUUACUGCUACUCAGCCCAUGUAAAGCAGCUGACUUGGUGGCCAUCCACUUCACUGAGCAGAUUGAGAGCAUCAUUGCAAACCUUCAGGACCAGUUCUUACUCUUCCAAUUUCUAAGGAGUCUGCUUGAUCCGAGAGAAGGCAUCAACCAAGACCUGCUGCACCUACCGCCCCACGUCACGGAGCAGUUCAUCGAGCUGCUGUGUCAGCACAGCCCUGAACACGUUCUGGAGACGCUGAAAGUCCUGGAGUACUGCAGGCUGGAGGAAACCAUCCAGAUAACCCAGAAACAUCAGCUCCAUGAAGCUUCCUCAUAUUUACUGGAGAAGAAGGGAGAUAUCCAUGGUGCCUUUCUGGUUAUGCUCGAGCGAUUGCAGAGCAAGUUGCUAAUGCUUACACAAGAUGAUGGAGGUUCAGCAGAACUCCCCUUGCUCGAAAGCAUUGAAGAUACCCUAAUGAAAACAAUUGCCCUUUGCCAGAGGAAUUCACACAACUUAAACCAGCAACAGCGAGAGGCCCUCUGGUUUCCCCUGCUGGAGGCUAUGAUGUCCCCACAGAAAUUGUCUGGCUCCUCACAGUACCGAUAUGCUGAAUCCUUGAAGAGUUUGACGAUGCAAGUGCUGAACAACAUGGCUGCAUUUAUUCCUCUUCCUUUGAUCCUGCAGAGAAUCCUACAGGAUCCAGUUUAUGGAAAGGGGAAACUUGGAGAAAUUCAAGGUCUCAUCUUGGGAAUGCUGGACACAUUCAACUAUGAACAAACCCUUUUAGAGACAACCACGAACCUUCUAAACCAUGAUCUCCACUGGUCCCUGUGUAACCUAAGAGCUUCUGUCACAAGAGGGCUUACCCCAAAGCAGGAUUACUGCUGCAUUUGUCUACAGCAGUACAAAAGGAGGCAGGAAAGCGCUGAUGAAAUCAUUGUUUUCAGCUGUGGCCACUUAUACCAUUCCCUGUGCCUGCUGAGUAAGGAGUGCGGGGCAGUAAGCAAAGACGUGAUGCGGUGGAUGUGCUAUAAAUGCAACUUGAGCAACAAGGGAGGAAAACUGAGCGAGAACUUCUCAGAGCUGAAAAAAGGAAGUGGAACCUCCUUGGCACAGACAGGGUCAGAGUCUGCAUUGGAUCCUCAGCAAAUCCAGGCCUUUGACCAACUCUGCCGACUCAACCGUGGGACCUCCCGGUUAGCUCUCCUGACUGAACUGUCCCGUGCCCACGGUGGGGAGAAGCAUGGGCUGCUCAGUGUUUCCCACGGGGACUCUGCUGCCAGCAGCGUCUUCCAGGAUGAGACCUUCCAGCUGCACCUGGCCCCCCCACCACUGAUGGAUGACUAGUGCUGCUGCCUGCACUCCUACUGCUGGGAUGCUUUCCCAGCACAACACUGGGCUUUUUCCUCCACCGCCAUUCCCAGAACCCUUCGUGCUAUGUGGUCUCGCUGGGUGCUCACAGAUGUGCAGCAGUCGGUGAGCUCCCGGCGGUAUGGCAGCUGAGGGGCAGCAAGACUGGGCACUGUGAAGUCAGAGGUCAGAGCCAAAGGUACUGCAAGCUGCCUGCACUGACCUGGAAGCUUGCAGCAGCACCUGUAACUGCCAAAUAACUGCCAAUUCCACUCCACGGGAGGAGCAUGCCUAGAGUCUGCGUGCUUCAAGGAGCUGUGCUGUUCUUGCAGGCGGACGCCAUGCCCCAGUCCCUCGUGGCAGUUGUGGAGUUUGAGGGCAAAGAAUGGGAAAGCCCUGGAUAAGGCUGCAGAUUGCAGAAAACUAUCUGUAUGUGAGGAAACCAAUCUGGGUAGAGUGUGUUCCUACAAAUCUCCAUUAAAAAGGCCCUUGGUUGAAA